UAUCACAAAGUUAGUUAAUUUGUUUAAUGCACUUUCUUACUGUGCUGCCAAAGACACAGUCUCAAUGGUUUAUAGUGGGUUCUGGAAAAUAGCUCUGUCACGUAAUGUUGCUACAUUAUGAAAAGGGUCAAAUGUCACAUAGACAACAACUUUGUUCUUAUGGAUAGUCUUUUGCUUUUUCUCUUAUUGCUAGAUGUCCUGUAAUAAAGGGGAUUCCAGACAAUCAAACACAGAAAAUCACUUUCAAGGAGCUGAUGCCAUGGUACUGGAGAGUGUGAUGUUUGCCAUCCUGGCCGAGAGGGAGCUUGGGCCCAAGCUCUAUGGCAUUUUUCCACAGGGGAGACUGGAACAGUUUGUCCCUAGUCGAAAAUUGUCCACAGAUGAGCUGAGUGUCCCUGGUAUAUUUGCUGAGAUUGCUGAAAAGAUCACCAGAUUUCAUGGAAUGAGAAUGCCCUUCAACAAGGAGCCAAAGUGGCUGUUUGGCACCAUGGAAAAGUACAUGGAUCAAGUGCUUCAGCUCACCUUCACCAGGGAGCACCAUCUACGAAACUUCUCCCGCCUUUUGAGCUACAACUUGCCUCAAGAGAUGGACAGUCUCAAGUGUCUACUUGAAUCAACUCCCUCUCCUGUUGUUUUCUGCCACAAUGACUUGCAAGAAGGAAACAUCUUGCUCCUGAGUAGCCGUGAGAACACAGACAGACAGAGGCUCAUGUUAAUCGACUUUGAGUACAGCAGCUACAACUACAGGUCUGUAAUAUUCAUAGUCACAUCCAUUCCUCACAUGCUCUAUCAGAAGAAGCACAUGCAGCUAAAUUCUAAGAAAACUGCCUGGUUUUGUAACGGCCAGAUGUUGAUGGGAAUUAAUUUGGAACACUUGGGGUGCCCCAUUUCUAAGAAGGGACCUCUAGACGUUGAAGGCUCUGGCAAUGAUCCCACACUGUUGCUAGGGUACUCACAUUCUUGCGUGUGCUCAAACACAGGUCUCAAAGAGGAUCCUCAGGCAAAUAAGCUCCAAACUGUAACACGUUCUUUUAGGAGCCUGGUGGGGGUUCUGUAUCGGCAAGAGACUUCCCAAACGUUCUUUCCAUCUGUAAUUUGUGAACUCAAUGCUCUCUCGUUUAGGUUCGCUCUGGCCUCCCAUUUCUUCUGGGGAUUGUGGUCCGUGAUCCAGGCCAAAAUAUCAACUAUUGAGUUUGGGUACAUGGAGUACGCCAUGGCCAGAUUUGACGCGUACUUUGAGCUGAAAAAGAAGCUCAGGGUUUAAAGAAAACAUGCAGAAAUUCCCAACGGACAGUAGGAAGAGGGAACAACUGCUCAUAUGGUGUCAAGAAAAGAGCGGCGCAAAUUUUGACUGUGUUUAAAAGAGGAUGCUCUGCGUCUGUAGUGAUUCAACCGUGCUGCAUGGACCAAAAUCAAUGCAACAUACAUAUUUAAAAAAAGGCCCUGUGCAUUGAGUGUCCCCAUAUGCUGAUUCUCAGUGUUUACAAGUUUAAGCUUCUCACAUUUAACACACCAGCCUGAGCUUCUGGACAGAGAAGAAUAACAAGGUCACAGGGGAAAAUAUUUUACACAGCUGCAAUUUGAUUCACAAGUCAAAGAAUGGAGUGGUGGAAAGUUCGUCAUACUAACUUCAGCCUUGUGGUGUUUCUUAUCACCUAGUCAUGUAGUGUUAUCUAUACAACCGGUGAUAGAAGAUGUGCUGCGAAAGAGUAAGGUUCAAAAACUGGACCUGUAACCAGAAGAUGGUAACAGACCAAACGAUGUUAACACUGCGCUUCUGAUGAUUCAGUAUUGUGUUUGUUUCCAUUUCUGUUUCCAUUUUUUGGGUGUUUUUUUUACUGGAUGAUUUACCUCUUUUGUACUUCUAUUAGAUCAUGUCUUGUUUGAUGUCUGUUUCUAGUAGAUCCGCAUGUUGUGAAGUGAAAUACCUGUGGGACCGCACCAUGUGCGUGUAGUAUGAAAUAUCUGUCUUAACAUUGGAAAACUAUGGUUUUGACCAUAGUGAUGUCAUUCACCUCUUGUUAGAGGUGCUCGUUUAUUUUAUAAGAAUUUGAUAAGUAUGAGAUUACCCGCCUGUAUCUGAUUUGAUACUGAAUUGAUAACUGUUAGAUAUUAAUAUAAAACUUUAUAACAGUUGAUCUUAAAAUAACAGCCUUUUGUUUAAUAUAACGCUUAUUAUAACAGUUGGUCUGAUUACAAUUUCACAGUGAACGUUUAUGAAUGUUUAUUCUCCUUUUCUUUUUUUAGAAUGCUAUAAAAGUGUUUUACGACUGAACAAUAUUCACUUAGUUUUGCAUUUUAGUUCAACUUAUAGCCUUAAAUUGCGGUAAAGAUAUUGUUUAUUUUUUCAUAUAUUUGAAAUAUAGGUAUUGUAAUACAAUAUUAUUAAGGCAGUCUUGCUUUUUUUUGCUAAUGGUAAUGUCGAAGGCACUUUCUGAAACAGUUCUGUGAAAAAGUUGUAUUAAUUGCAAAUGUAACUUUUCUAUUAUUUUUCUGCAACGGAAGUUGUAUUUUUCUUAAGAAAGUGUUCUGUGUCCUUACUGAAAUAAUACAAGUGGAUCUCUUGGCCCUUUUUUAACUGUAGUAUGCUGGUGAUCAAUUGAUUUCUGUUUUCACAUAUCACGCACAUAUCUUAAAUCAUAUAAAAUAAAAUAAAUAUAUUUAUUUACAUGUUCCUAUGUAACUGGUCUCUAUGAAUCUCAAUUUUUAGAACAUUAGUAAACAGAAAGGAAAAGUGAAAGUAUAGUGUUGAUGUUAAAAAAAAUUGAAAUAAUAAUUGAAUGAUUCUGUUUUUAAAAUCAGUUGUUUAUCUAGACAAGCUUUACUAACUUAUUCAUCUGUUAACAUCAAUAUAAAGCAUCUGAUGCUUGUUCUCGCUAAAUAUCUAUUAAAUGUACAAAUAUAAAAAAUGAGGAAUAGAAAAUACUAAAGACUUAAGUGAAACCAUUCAACAGGUUGUAAUGUACUAAUUUAUGCUUGCAUAUGACUGUGAAUAAAGGGUUGUAAAA